CAGGUAGUAUCUUUGAAACUCUAGUAGACAGAUUAUAAAUUACUCAGCCUAUGCAAUCGACUACUUCACUCAGUGACCUGAGGGAGACGAACAAGCUUCAGUCUCGGAAGGACGGCCACAAAUAUCUUCAGGACAAUAAGAUGAAACUUGUUCACACAGACUCGCUGAGCACCAUGGCGCUCUCUGAUAAUGGAUCAGGCGCUGUAAACACUUUUAAGCUACUGACGUUUAAUACGUGGGGCUUGAAAUAUGUUUCAACAUUUAGAAAAGAGAGACUAGUUGCCAUUGCCGAUCGGUUGGCAAAAAGUGAUGUCAAUCUGUUCACGUCUUCAACAUCACCACCAUCGAUAGUAGCUGGCACUUCUGCUCCAGUUGCCGUAUCACCCCCAUCAUCAUCAUCGGAUGUGGAUGAUUAUGACAUUGUGGCACUACAGGAAGUUUGGUCGAAGGAAGAUUGGGAAUAUCUAGACCGGGUUUGUGCAGCUAAAUAUCCAUUUCGCAGAUGGUUUUCAUCGGGAAUUUUAUCGGGACCCGGGUUGGCAGUUUUGUCUAAGUUUCCAAUUAAAAAGACGUUUUUGUACAGGUUUCCAGUUAACGGACGUCCAUCGGCAUUUUUUAGGGGCGAUUGGUACGUCGGGAAAAGCGUGGCCGUGACAAUCUUGGUUUUAUCUGAUGAGACAACAGUUGCUCUCCUAAAUUCGCACAUGCAUGCACCAUAUGCAGCCAGCGGAGACGCAGCGUAUGAGGCUCAUAGAUCGUGUCAGGCUUGGGAAAUAUCUGUUAUUGUGGAGGAACUUAAAUUAGCAGGCCACGCGGUGAUAUUGGUCGGUGAUUUGAAUUCGAGACCGGGAUCUUUGCCCUAUAGAAUAUUAGAGAUAGAUGCAGGUUUGAAAGACAGCUGGGAAUUGUUAAAUGGUCAAACUGACUUGGAACUGGUGAAAUCAAUGGAUCCUUGGGAACAAAUAAUUCGAGCAGCCACCACCUGCGACUCGAUACUCAACACCUGGAGAGCGCAUCGGAGACCUGACGAGGCCUGCAGGUUAGAUUAUGCUUUGAUUGACUCAAACUUACUAGAACCUGUGCAAGCUAGCGUCCGAUUUACGGAGAAGAUACCAAGCAUUGGGUCGUAUUCAGACCACUUUGCAUACUCGGCAACCUUCCGGUUCAAGAAAAAAGUCAUUAGUGACUCUGAGGCUACUGCUACAACCGUCUUAGCUACCUCCAGAAGUGGUUCAAAUGAGAAGUUGUUACAGGUAUACUUUGAUUUGAAAGACCUUGUCAGCGAAUACAUGGAGACUACCUUGGUUUGGCAGAGGAAAUGGAGAAUGUGGCAUUUUGUGAUUUCCUUUGCUGUGACGUUGGCCUUCCUUCCUGUCAUCACAGUGGUAUCCUACCGUGCACCGUGGUCAUCCAUCCUCUUUUACUUUUUUGGCUGCAUCAUUUUUGUGACCGGGGUAGUAAACGGAAUGAUCUCUUUCUUAUUUGGCCGAUACGAGCUUCGGAACAUGAGGGAGUUGAUUCUCGAGGUAGAUGACCGACUAAACUACGUAAAGGCUUUUGGGCAGUGAGUUACAGGUUCUCCGCCUCUGUUUAUAAAUGAGACUUGUAUAAUUGUGAUAUUAACCAUGAGCGAUAAACU